UUGCAGGCUCCUACUUGACCACCACUCCCCUAAGCAGUUCAGCUACUGCUGCUUUCCCUUCCUCUCUCAGCCUUAGCUCCCUGCUCCUAUCCCACAGGGCAGGGCAGGGCAGGGCAGACCAGACCAUGGUGCUGGGGUAGCCCACAGCAUGGUGCAGCGAGGGAGAUGAAGUGAGAGCUGACCAUUGCAUGGUGUGUGUGUGCUUCCCACAUGCAGGCAGAUUACUACAGCUGUAGUUUCCCUCAUUAAGCAAGAGGAGUACAGUCAGACAUUGAGUUAGCAAAAAAUUACGCAAUCGAGAGUUCCUCACUCCACCUCCACAAACUAAAGAAAUCUAGAGAAUCAUUAUUAAUUGCGAGAGAUUCUGGCAAGAGGCACACAGCAAGUUCUAGCCAUGGCCAGCGACCUAGCUGUUAAAGAAAUAGAGAGAUUUCUUGAAGAAGCUACUAGGAAAAAGUCUGAAGAGCUGCUGAUUACCUACCAAGGGGUGUUUUACCCUUCAUUGUGUAGUGCAGAAACCUUCCAAGCACUGGACAUGAUGGAAGUUAGAAAAGAUGAUGUGUUUCUUGUUGCUUAUCCAAAAUCCGGAACUAAUUGGGUUAAAAAGAUAUUAAAUGACUUGACAGCUUCACUUCAAAAAGAGGCACCCACACUGGAGCAACACAUGAUGCUUGAAUUUGGAAAGCCAGAAAAAUUUCAGAAAAUAAAAGAUUCAUCUUCUCCGCGAGUUUUUUACACACAUCUCCAUUAUGAUAAUAUUCCAAAGUCUGUCUUUGAAAAAAAGGCUAAGAUAGUGGUUGUAUUUCGAAAUCCAAAAGAUACAGCUGUAUCCUAUUACCACUUCUAUAACAACAAUCCUGUGCUUCCAACUAUGAGCUCCUGGGAUGAGUUCUUUCAAAAGUUCAUAAGUGGAGAAGUCUGCUGGAGCUCAUAUUUUGACCAUGCACUUGCUUGGAACAGACACAUUGAUGAUGAGAAUAUUUUGAUAAUCACAUAUGAAGAACUGAAAGAGAACCUGUAUGAAGGAGUGAAAAAAAUAGCUGAAUUUUUGGGUUUGACUCUGCCUGAGGAAAAGAUGCAAUCUAUUGCAGAAAAUGCCACUUUCCAGUCAAUGAGCAGUAAAUCUGCAGAAACACACGGCAAGUUUGGUCCUAUUAUUUUCAGAAAAGGUGUUGUUCAAGAUUGGAAGACCCUCUUUACUGAAGCUCAGAGCCAGGAAAUGGAUGCAAAAUUUGAAGAGUGCUUAGCAGGAACUAAACUGGGAGCAGUAUUAAAAUAUGAUAUAUACUGCAAAUUCUAAAUCUUGUAACAUCAGAAUUAUGUUACCAUGUGUUCAACAACAGUACCUACUUUACUAUUAAAUAUGAUUGUCCUAAAUAAAUAUGCCAUGAAUCAUAGAUUAAAGUAAUCUAGACUUCCACAUAUUCAUUAGCAAAAUAAAAAGUCUGAAAGCACUGUAAAGUCACUAAGACCAACUUUUCCUCAUUGAUACAUAUGCAAAAGAACUUAAGAACAUAUGGCUAGGAUACUAAAGUACUCACAGCUAUUUCAAAUUACUAAUAUUUUCUUGAUCUGCCAUUAAUCCAUAUUGAUCCCUGUUCCACAUCCAAACAUUUUGAAAGUUCAAGUUCAAAAUUUUCCUGGUAUUUUGCUUUGGACCCAUCUUCAGUAAUUGACUUGGUUUUCUAUACAACUUGUGCUGUCUGAUACCUUGUAUGAGGUUCUUGUGGUAUUCAGGAGUUUAGUGAUCAAUUUUUUAUUGUUGCAGAAGUCUAUCAGGAGGGUGCACUGGCAUUCUAUGUAAGAUCCAGUGACAUCUAAUCUAUUAGUGAUUUAGAAAAAGGGGAUGACUGAUAAAGCAGCAAAAGUUGAUACUGAAAAAAGGCAUUUAGUAAAGACCAAGAAGAAUGUCAGAGAGCUAAACAGAGUGAAAAGACAAAUACAGUUCAUUGAUGAUAAAUCCAAAAUAUUGCAUAUUGUCAGGAAAGUUUAACUGCUUAUAUCAUAUCAGGUUCUAAAUGAAACGUAUCAAUGUAGAAAUAGGACUUUGACAACACUGCAGACAGCUCUAUGCACACCUCAGCCAAAUGUACAGCUGUGAUCUCAAAAGGCAAGCAAAGUAGUAUGGAGCAGAAGGAACGGUAUGGAGGACAAUAUUAAUAAUUAAAUACUAUGAAUCAAUGGGCUAGCUUUGUUUGAGAUAAUGUAUAUGAUCCUCUUCCCACCAUUUAAAAACAAUAAUGAAUUAAAGGAGCUUCAGAGAAGGGUGAUUAAAGACUUGGGAGAAAAUCAAUUGAAGAGAUAUUGACAAGGAGGUACAACUAAAGUAUAAAACAAGAUAUGUCCUCAAGAAGUCAGAAAUUCCGGGUUUUUUGUUUUGGGUUUUGUUUAUUGUCUUAGUAUAUUGAGAGGGAUGAGAUAUUAGUAUAUCAAAUAAAAUUAAAAGAUGACAUAUUUAAUGCUGAUAAAAGGAAAUAGUUUUUAAACAACAUAUAAUUAUGGUUGUGUAUAAUUAAUUCAGAUCGAGGAAGCCGUGGAGAUAAGAUAAACGCAUUUUGAAAGACCAAAAAAAAAAAUUGAAAGUGAUAUUAAGUCUUCUGCUUUGUAUUUCAGGACUUAUGCCAAUUCCUACUAACAAAGAUAACUGUUGUGGGAACAGGGGAAAUCUUCCACUUCUAUUUGCUGCAGAAGUUAUUGCACCUUCCUGUGAAACAUCUUGUACUAGUCACCUUCAAAGAUAGGACAUUAAACUACAUGGACAUCAAGUCCAGAUAAAUAUGGCAAGUCUGAUGUUGAUUCAGAACAUUAAGGGUUUCAGUCAUGAAUUAUACCAGUAUCUUAGGCAAGGUUUUGUUUUGAUAUCUUAUAUAGGGGAAACUGUAGUUGGGAGAGCUGUUGGACAAAAGGUGUUAGGGUGUAUUGCAUCACUCUGGGUAGAGGAAGAGGUAAUUGCUGGGGCACUGCUGCCCUCUGGAACCUUUUUUCUCCCUGUGCGCAUCAUUAUUCUCUGCAUAAAAACAGAUCGAGUAAUAGUUUGUGUAGCUAUCACUCUUUUCUCAACCCUUCUAAAAUCAGUGUUAGUGAGAAUUGUAAGCUGUGUAGCAAAGGGCCAAAAUUUAUGGAUUUCUUUUCUGUGAAUAGGAAGCAGGUACUAUCUUAUAUACAUAAUAGAUCGAAUGGUUCAUUUUGGCCUUCGCAACUAUGAAUUGGAUCACUAUACCACCUCAGUCACACAUUACCUUGGAACUUACUUUGGUAUUGAUUCAUGGUACUUGUAAAUUUGGUUUUGUGUGUUUUCCCUUCUUUAUCUGCUCAUUGAUAGUAAAUCAGUAGGUGUUCCUGGGUCUUUGCUGUGCUUGAGAUUUUUUUUGUGUGCUGUCAACUAAAUAAACCUGUAGAAAUUGAAGUUAUUUUGCCUCUUUGCAAUGGGCUUUGCAUAUCUAUAAUGAUGCUGUAGUGAAGAGUAUUUUAUGACCAAACUCCAAUAAUUGGUCAAGCUUGUGAGGUCCUGUACUCAAUAAUAUAUUUCUAUUUGGAUGUAAUGUAAUAGUGUUUAAAUGUUGCAGCUUAUUCAUUCCGAAAAUUUCAAGGAAAGAACAUUUUUGGGAGACAGCAUGAUGGAGAGGGUACACAUAGCCCUAAACAUAUGAGGAGAGAAUGUAGGAUACUUAUGUGGAAGAGGGGAGAACACAGAUCGUGCAAAGAUCCUUACAUGGGGGGCAAAGCUAAUUGAGACUGAUAUGAAGACAGGCAAAUCAGCAGGAUCAUCCAUCUCUCUCAUCAGUGAUACCAUAUCUAUCCUUCCACACAUCAAAGGUGAUGUAUUCAUAUUUCUUCAUCCAUAUUUGUCUUUUUGAACCUUUCUGUCUGGUGACUCCCAACUUCUAAUAGGUUGUCUUUUCAGGUUACUCUCACAUCACCUAAUACCUAGGGAAUCCCUAGGGAAUUGCUGUCACCUAAUGCAACUGUUAACACUUUUACUUCUCCAUUUCUUCCUAAGAAAAUUAAAUAUUUCAUU